CACCCACCUCCCACCAUUUACAGUCUCGCUCGGGAAACCGCCCGGUCACGGCGUUACGGCUGUCCCCUGUAUUACUUUCCGGGCGAACACUCACUGGAAAACGUUAACUCUCAGCGAGAGGCGAAUUUAUAAGCAAUCCGACCCCGCUCCACUCCUUCCAAAUAUUGAGUGUUAAAAUUUCUACUUGCAAGCAGUUGCUACCUUUCUCGAGUAGAGAAUAACAAAUGCUUCUCAUAACUGUAUGGGCACACUGUUUUUAAAGCAAAACUCCAGGCUUCUGGAUUAGGGCUGAGGGGAAUUUGUUGAAAUUGUGGUGAUUAUCAGGGUUUAAGAUGUUCAAAAUAAAUCCGAUUUCAAGGCUGUAAAUGCGAUGGGGGCGGUGUGGGGAAGUUAUCUUGUAGAGGAUUUCCUCAAUGAUAGCGACAAGGUUUGUGCGAAUUUUAGGCGGAAAAGUUUACACCUAUAAAUAAAGUUUACACCCAUAAUAAAGUGGGCGGGGAGGAAAAAAGCAUGUGCGCUGGUAAACGGCAGCCCGGCUGUAAGAACAGGCCGACUCGUCUCUGAUAAGGGUAAUUGUCUUCCACCCUAGACGAAUAUCAUGCCCCCCUGGAUCAUGAGGAGCUACAAGCCCGUCAGUGCUGUAGCAGUCUGGCUGGGUACCCAUGGGUUACCCCAUGCUGUUCAGCCGGGCCCUGGCUGCUGUUGCUGGAAUCUGCCGCCUACGGCCUGCAGAAGGAGCAUCUCCCUCUCGGCUUCUCUUCCGGAGGGUGACCGCACAGAGGGUCCGGACUGCCUGGACCCGGCCACCAAAUCGCAAGAAAGGGAGAAAAGUUCAUGCUGGCACAGACCUGUGAUGGUUAGGGAGGUGAUUGAGUUUUUGUCACCCAAAUCGGGGCAGACAUAUUUAGAUAUGACUUUUGGGGCUGGAGGCCACACAAAAAUGAUCCUUUCCCAAGCUUCUGACAUCUCGGUGUUUGCCUUGGACAGAGAUCCAAUAGCACAUGAAAUUGCAAAACAGGUUUCCCAGAUGUAUCAUGGUCGUGUUCAGUCUCUUCUUGGAAGAUUCAGCCAGCUGGAGAGCUUGUUGGUGGCAUCGGGUGUGGAUACAGACACUUUUGAUGGAGUUGUCAUAGAUGCAGGCUGCUCCUCUAUGCAAUUAGAUGUCCCACGGCGAGGGUUUGCGUUAAGCAAAGAUGGCCCACUUGACAUGAGAAUGGAUGGGGACAGGUACCCUGACAUGCCCACCGCAGCUGACGUGGUGAAUGCCUUAGAUCAACAGUCGCUUGCGUCCAUCUUGAGGAUCUACGGAGAAGAAAGGCAUGCAAAGAAAAUAGCUGCAGCAAUCGCACAGGCACGCAGCAUCUAUCCCAUCACUCGCACUCAGCAGCUCGCCAGUAUAGUUGCAGGAGCAUUUCCAGCAGCAGCAAUGUAUGCACGUAAAGACCUGCUUCAGAGACCUGCACAUGUAGCAACCAAAACGUUCCAGGCCUUGAGGAUUUUUGUGAAUGAUGAAUUGAAUGAAUUGUAUAAAGGACUUAAAACAGCUCAAAAAUUCUUGAAACCUCAAGGCUGUUUGGUUGUAUUAACAUUUCAUUCACUUGAAGACCGCAUUGUGAAACGUUUUCUCCAUGGCAUUGACAUAUCUGAGGAGCCGAACCAAAGUGCAAGGCAAAAGAUUAGACAAGGACUUAGAAGACAGGAAGAGGAUGGUUCAUUCCACCCUGAACAGAUGACCUUGAAGUGGUCACAUACUCAGAAGAAAGUGUUGACCCCGGCCCUGGAGGAAGUUCAUGAAAAUCCUCGUGGACGUUCUGCAAAGCUUAGAGCUGCCAUAAAACUGUGACAGUCAAGUUUGAGAGUUUUCUUAAUAUCCCAAGGCCAACAGAAUUUGACACAGAGGUGUUUUUGUAAUGUUCUGCGAAAAUGCUGAUAAACAAGGAUGUUAUCUCAUUGUCGCUGGUAUAAAAAUAUUAAUAACAGGAAGGUAGAGAUUUAGAUGUGCUUGAAAUUGUAUGAUUGUCAUUUUUGACUCAGUGGAGGAAUGGAUGCCUGCCAAAGCAGUGAGUUAAACAUAGGCCGUCCAUCUCUGGAAGAUCUGCCGAAAACUGAUUGGAUGAGUCACCCAAAUUGCAGGUCUGGUAGUACCAACCAAUUGACAAUACUUAAUAAUGUCCCUGAACAGUCAGUAGAUGGCUGUGCAGGAAAAUGGCAACGUCUCAUGGUGGUGCACUGAGGGAGGGGGAUAUUCUUCUUGGAUAUGGGCUCAGAACUUUUUUGGGGCUGAGAAAAGGGGCAUUGCAAGACCCAACCUGAGGGGAUGUUGACAUCUGAAGUCCAAAGAAAAAUAGUUCCAUUACUCACAUGAACAUCCUUAACCUUUCAUUUUGCAAAAUUUGCCAAAAGAGUCCAUAGAAUGGGUCGCAUUCAAAUAUUAAGUGCUUAUUAAAGAUGUAAUAAACUUUUGUAUCCAUGCAAGUGACAUUGGUCAGUGAUCACUAAAUUAGUGAAGCAUGGAAGUUUGGCAAAGCAUUGUUUUGUGUUGCAUAUCUCUGGGAUCUCUCACAGCAGGUAGAGAUAACUAUAUGCAAACAGACUUCUUUGGAGAAAAUGCUGAUGAAUUCAGAGAUUUUCAUUGGCUUGGAAUAUUUUAAAAUGUAAACUGCCUCUUAAUGCAUGCCUCGACCCUUGGUCAAUUAUGUUAUCGCUGGAACUUGUAUAUUUAAGAUAAUAUGAAUGUGCUACCAGAUUUUUGUUCACAAGUGUAAAAACUAAUAGUUGUGAAUUUUGUUGACACUAUACCUACAGAAGUUUCAUGGCAUUAAUUUGCUUUUUUUGUGUGUAUCGUGCAAGUGUUGUUUAUUUCUCCUUUUUUCCACAUUCUGGAUCUUACAGUUUGAAGGACAGAAAGCUCUCUAUAGAUGGCUCUUACUUUGAUUUUUUUUACUAUUUUAGGAAGUUCUUGGCCUGUGCUGGACAUGUUUUUCCCUCUUCAAAAUAAAUGUUGAAAUUCUUUACAUAUUUUACUUAAAGCAAGUUCCCUGCAGGCCUGCCUACUUAGUCGGUAAAGCAUAAGGCAUGCAAUUUCAGUGUUGUGGGUUUGAAUCUCAUGCUGGUGCUGUUUACCUAAACUCUGUUAGGUACAUUGAGGAGGGUUUUGUAAAACAAUAUGUAGAUAGUCCAACUAGGAAAGGGUACAUAUCAGACUUUGUAUUGAGAUCUUCCAAGAUCUCCCAAACCUUGCCAUUCUUAUCUUUAAUCCUCAUCUGCCUGUUCACAUAAUCAAAGCUUUGGUGGAGGGAUGUUUUGGGAACAAUGAUUGCAAUUCCAUAUGUUUCAAGGUAGUUGUGGUUAAGGAUAAGAUUGAUUCUUUGAAACUGCUAAAUUGACGAAGGGCUAAUACAGCAGCUUAGGCAGGAACUGAAGAAACCAUGUAGGGGGCGGCUGGUUGAGGAUAAAUCCAAAUCUGACAUGUAAGAGUCUGUCAAAGGUGAUGAGAGUUCAGGACCAGCAUGUUCAUGUGAGGAUUAAGGAUAGGAAUGGAAAGAUUUGGGAGAUCUUGAAAGUUAAGCCACCAAGAAAAAGGAAACAUAUGUAAUGUUUACAAAACUAAAAUGAGACAAAGCUUUUGAGCAGUAAAAAAAGAGGAAAGAACUUAAAAAAUGAGAUAAGGCAAAAAGGGGCCAUGAAAUCCCCUUGGCAAGAAAGAUUAAGGAAAAUCCCAAGGUAUUUUAUGGGCAUAUAAGGAGUAAGAUGGUACCUGGAGAAAGGAGAGAUCCACUCAUGGACAAAGGAGGGCAUUUAUGCUUGAUGCUAGAGGAAAUGUGUUAAGACUUGAGUAUUUCACUUUGGUUUUCACCAAGGAGGAGAAUGUGGUUGAUGAUGAGAUUAGAGAGGAAUCUGUUGAUAGUCUAGGGUAUGUUGUAGGAGUUGGUUUUGGGUCAUGAAAAACAUUGAGAUCGGUAUGUCCCCAGGGCCUGAUGAUAACUAUUCCAGCAUAUUGAGGGAAGCAAGGGAGGAGAUAGGUCCUUGACAGAGAUCUUUGUAUCUUCUUUGUAUUGAUGUUGGUACUGCGAUGCGGCAAUUUAUAAAACUUUUCACUGUAUUUUUCAUGGAAAAGUAUAUAUGACAAUAAAUUUCCCUUCUAUUCUUUAGCUACAGGUAUGGAGAAUAACUAAUGUUGUUCCUUUAUUUAAGGAGGCAACAGGGAUAAUCCAAAAAAUUAAAGGCUGGUGAGUCUUCCAUCAGAGUUAGCCAAAUCAUUGAAGAAGAUUCUUAAGGACGUGAUCUAUUCAUAUUUGGAAAAUAAUGGACUUACAGGGAUAGUCAGCAUGGCUUUGUGUGGAGGAGCUCCGUCUCAAAAAUUUGAUUGAGUGUUUUGAUGAAGUCACAAAGAUGAUUCAUGAAGGUAGGGUACUGGAUGUUGUCUACUUGAAGUUUACUAAAGCAUUUGACAAGCUCUGUGAUAGUAGGCUGGUCCAGAAGAUUAAGUCACAUGGGAUCCAUAGUGAGUUGGAUACAAAAGUGGCUUGGUCAUAGAAGAUAGAGGGUAGCUGUGGAAGGUUGUUUUUCUGACUGAAGGUCUGUGACCAGCCAUGUUCUGCACGCUGGGACCUCUAUUCUUUCUAACAUAUUAAAUGACUUUGAAAGUUGAGGUAGUCUGAUUGUAUGUUUGCAGUUGAUACAAAAAUUUGUGGAGCUGUGAAUUGUAAGGAAGGUUGUCAAAGGAUAUAUAGCAGGAUAUAGAUCAGUUGGAAAGUUGAACGGAGAAGUAUCAGAUGUGGUUUAAUCUGGUCAAGUGUGAGGUGAUGCAUCAGGAUGGGAAUUUCAAAUACUAGGAGGUAUAGGUUUAAGGUGAAUGGGGAAGUUUAAAGAUGUGCAAGACAAGUUUUAGUUUACACAGAAGGUGGUAGGUGCCUGGAACAUGCUACCAGGAGUGCAAGUAGAAGCUGAUACGAUAGCAAGGUUUAAGAGAUAUUUAGACAGACUUGUGAGUAGGCAAUGAAUAAAAGGAUGUAGACCACCCAGAUUAAUGGGACCAAUUUAGAAUAGCAUCGUGGUCAGCACAGACAUGGUGGGCCAAAGGGCCUGUUCCUGUUCUGUGUUGUUCCAUGUUCUAUAAAUGUGGAGAGCAGGAAGACCUGAUGCAAAAACAAUGUCAAGUCAAUGUAAACAAUAAAUUCCCCAUUAUAACUGCAGAUUACCAUAGUAAUAAUGAUAAUGUUCCUAAAAUUUAUUUAGAACUAUUUUCUAGCAUAUUAUGUGUUAGAACCAAGAAAGGAGCAGGCCAUUCUACAUGUCAGUCAUACACAACAAGUCAGACUUAGUUAACAAUCUGACAGAAAGUGAGUAUCUUGUAAAGAGCGGCUGUAUAAGAGUGAAAUAAGAAAACCAUAAACUAAUGUUAUAAUUUAAAGUAACACAUUCUUCAAUAGGAAUAAGAAAUAAACAGAACUGAUCUGUUAAUGGAUAAGCCUAUGACCGGUGGGAAGAAUUCAAAGAAAUGUUUAACACAAAACAAGACCAGAACAUGCACAAGGCACCAUUUAUAUAGGUCAGCACCUGUGGUCAACAAAUGAGCAAAAGACAUGCUAAAAGAGAAAGCUUACCUAAUUAUAAGAGAAACACAGAAACUUUGGAGAGCCAUAGAAAGCAAAUAGGAGACAAAAGAAAGUAAGAAUUGCACAAAAGGAAUAUUAAACAAAACUUGAAAAUGACAUUAAUGCUACCCCAAAAUCUUCAUUAAACAAAUUAGAGGAUUGCAGUAGAGAAUGUCGAUUAAAAACAUAUGGGUGUGAAACAACGGGCAAUAGGGAAAUGUAAAGAUUACUAAGUUAACUAUUUAUAUUAACUCAAAAUUUUGGACAAAAUACCAUGGAGCCAAAAUGUUAACUGGAAAAGAUUAUAGCUUUUAAACAAUUAUUCAGUUUAACAUAAAGCAAAAAAUGUUCUAUCUCCAACUAUAGAGAAGAUAGAUGAU